AUGUCUCACGACAGUUCCAGCGAGCUCAAAAGAAGCUUGACUUCAGAAAGUCAAAGCUAUCUUGAAAAGAGCAAUAGCAAUCUUCCAGAGAAAAAUAUUACAUUUGAUGUUGAUAUUGAAGCCCAAAGACAUGUCGCUUUCGGAGCACCUUUGUCAAGAAGACCUUCUCUUCAUCGUCGUCUGUCUGAUGUUUCUCUGCAAGAAAGGGUUCCUGCUGAAUCAGUGUUGCCGAUUGCCUUCCAGACAAUCUCACACCAAAUCAGCGAUGCUGGAACUGAAGAACACCUUGAUGAAAAAGCUAAGCAGUUUGCUGACAAGAAGUGGCACGUUAUAGAACCAAAUGAAGUGGCUCUAGAGUUGAACACAAAUAUGGUUUCUGGUUUGAGUGAAUCAGAACACUCAAUUAUUUUAGGGGAAAUUGGUCCAAAUGUUCAAUCAAAACCCCCUUCUGGAAUUUUCCGUAAAAUUAUCAGCUACUUUUUUGGAGGAUUCGGUCUUUUACUAAUGGUUGGUGGAAUUUUAUGCUGUAUUUCUUGGAAACCCUUGGGACAGCCUCCACUUGUGGCUAAUUUGGUUCUUGGUGUUAUCUUGUUCAUUGUUUUUAUUUCUCAAGCUGGUUUUAAUUUCAUUCAGGAUUUUUCAUCCUCAAAAGUUAUGGAUUCUAUUCAAAAUCACAUGCCUGCUGAAUGUAAAGUUAUCCGAAGCUCAAAUACUUUUGAAAUUAAAGUCAGAGACUUAGUUCCUGGUGAUAUUGUUAUUUUGGAAAUGGGAAAUAAAGUUCCUGCUGAUGUUAGAAUUUUUGAACAUUCUCAUGACCUGUCUUUUGAUCGGUCAGUCUUAACUGGUGAAUCAAAACCAAUUCCUGCUUCAGUCAAAGCGGAAAUUCAAGAAAGCAAUUACUUAGAAUCUACUUGUAUUGCCAUGCAAGGUACCUUUUGUGUUAUGGGAACUGGUAAAGGAAUUGUUAUUAGUACUGGAGACAGAACGGUUUUUGGACAAAUCGCAAAGAUUUCAUCUGUACCAAAAAAUGAUCUUUCUCCUUUACAAAAAGAAAUUUUGCGGUUUAUCAUAAUUACUGUUUCAGUUGUCAUCUUUUUAAUUGUUCUUGUCUGUAUUUUAUGGGGAGCUUGGUUGCGCAAAACAUUCCCCAACUGGAUCACUGUUCCUACACUCAUUGUUGAUAUAGUCUCAAUUGCUGUAGCUUUCAUUCCCGAAGGCUUACCUAUUGCAUUAACAACUUGUCUUAUUAUUACUGCUGGUGUCAUGAAAAAUAAACAAAUUCUUUGCAAAUCACUAUCUGUUGUUGAGACUUUAGGGUCUGUUUCUGUUCUUUGUUCAGAUAAAACUGGUACUUUGACUAAAAAUAAAAUGUUUGUCACUGCCGGAACAAUUGGAAUUGAAGAACUUGAUGCUUUUAGGGAAGAAGACAACGAUACUGAGACCAAAUUACAUCAAAUUGAGGGCAUGCAACUGUUCCAUGCAGUCACUGGUUUGUGUAAUACUUCUUCAUUUGAUCCACGCACUAUUCAUUUGCCACUCAAAGAAAGGGUCAUUUUUUCUAAUGCUACAGAUCAAGCAAUCUUUAGAUUUGCUGAAAAAGUUGGGUCUACAGAAAAAUUAAGAAAUCUUUGGCAUAUGAUGGCAGAACUUCCUUUUAACUCAAAAGUCAAAUUCAUGGCACGUUUAUAUGAGCCUCGUGACUCCUUGGCUGGUGAAAAUUGUCAUGUUCCUAAAGGUAGUCUUCUUUUCACGAUUAAAGGUGCCCCAGACAUUUUGUUUGAAAACUGUUCUCAUUAUCUUCAAGGAAAUGAAAUUGUUGAGUUUGAUGAAGAGACUAAAUCUAAAAUCAUGAAAAUCCAACAAGAUUGGGCCAGUCAAGGACAAAGAGUUGUUCUUCUUGCUUCAAAAGUUGUUCAAAACAACAAGCCUCAAGAUUUCUGGCUUGAGCAACGAGAUGCCUCAGACUACCUUACUUCUCUUUCUGUGAACGGCUUAACACUUGUUGGGCUAGUUGGUAUCACAGAUCCUCCAAAGGAUGAUAUCUUCAAUGUUGUCAAUGUUCUUAGGGGUGCUGGUGUUCGUUUAUCCAUGGUUACUGGUGAUUUCGAGCUUACUGCGGUUGCGAUUGCCCGUAAAUGUGGUAUUAUCACUCAUGAUACUGUGGACCGUUCAGGUGAUUUAUUACUGUAUCAAGAUAAUGAAGGACUAAUCGAUAGAGCGGUGGUAAUAACUUCGACAGACUUGAACACAUUGCAAGAUGAAGAAUGGGAAGUUCUUACAAAUUAUUCGGAAAUUGUUUUUGCAAGAGCCACACCUGAUCAAAAACUCAGAAUUGUUGAGAAAUUUCAAGCUGCAGGAAACGUUGUCGGUAUGACUGGUGAUGGUGUUAAUGAUGCUCCCUCAUUAAAAAAAGCAGAUGUCGGUAUAGCUAUGGCUGAGGGUUCUGAUGUUGCAAAGGAAGCAUCUGAUUUAGUUUUGCUGGCAGAGUUUUCUUCAAUAAUAGAUGCCUUAUUAUAUGGACGUCUUGUUUUUGAAAAUUUAAGAAAAACAAUUGCUUAUCUUCUUCCUGCUGGUACAUUUGCUGAGUUGUGGGCCGUUUUACUAAACAUUAUUUUUGGAUUACCUCAAGCCCUAUCAUCUUUUAACAUGAUUAUCAUUUGUUGUUUGACAGAUUGUGCAGGUGCUAUCACAAUUGCUUAUGAGUCUCCUGAAAAAAACUUGCUAAAGAAAAAACCCCGUUCUAUUUCGAAAGAAAGAUUAGUCGACUUUAAGUUGUUUCUUCAUUCUUAUUUUACCGUUGGUACAUAUUACACAUUUGCUUCCAUGCUUGUUUGUUUUAUUCAUUUUCAAAGAAAAGGCAUUCCUUUUAGUGCACUAACUUUGUCAUAUGGCAACUUCAAAGAUGGUAUAUCAGCUGAAGAAGUUGCUCGUAUAGGCGAACAAGCCUCUUCGGUUUACUUCAUUAAUCUGGUCAUAAUGCAAUUUUUUAAUCUCAUGGCUGUCAGAACUCGGUAUUUGUCUAUAUUUCAGCAUCCACCGAUUUUUAACAAGGAAACACAAAAUUUAUUGAUGUUUGCUGCUAUGGCCUUCGCAUUGGGAGUUACAUUUCUUUUUAACUACAUUCCAUGGUUUCAUAGAGUUGUCGGUACUUCCCAUGUUCAAGUCGAGUAUUACUUUAUUGCAGUUGGUUUUGGGUCAAUGUUGCUGGCAUAUGAUGAGAUUAGAAAAUACUUCGUAAGAAAGUAUCCGGAAGGGUUUUUGGCCAAGAUUGCUUGGUAA